GAGCUUGCACUCUCGGCCCUCCAGGGCCCAGCUGCCCAAGUCCGCCAGCCGUUACAAGCAAGAAGGUGCUUUUCGCAGCUUCCAUGCAUACCGGACAACCGUGCCCUUGAUUCCCAUAAUCCCUCUUUGUCGCACUUCCCAGUCCCAUCUAACCAUCUAACCAUCUAACCAUCUAACCAUCUGGCCGUCUGGCCAUCCGGCUACUCUUCUUGAUUCCCCGUUGCCACAUGCCCGUCCGUUUACGAAAGUAACGCUCCUCGCCUACCAUCCGUCGCCCGUCCGCUCGUCACCGCCCGCCAACAACCGUCAACGUCCGUCCGUCGACAUCCGUCAACGUCCGUCCACAAGUCCGUCCGUCAACCUCGCGCCCCCAAACCUCCUUACGCGAUGCCGUUGAUGCUACUAGUAGGCGGGUCGGACCCGGGGGAGGGCUUAUCCGCGCGGGAACAGGCCGCGGAGGCGGAGGAGGCGGAGGCGGCGUUCUUGGCGAGACAGGGGGGGGGAAGAGCAGCGCGCGACGCUGUCGCUGUUAAUCCAGGGUGUGGUCGUCGUCUGAUCGCGCCGUGUCAGUGCCGCGGCACGCAGAGGUUCGUGCACCGCGCCUGCCUCGAUGCCUGGAGGGCCGCCAAGGAGGGGUUGGCAUUCUCCCGCUGCUCUGAGUGCAAGACUCCCUUCUUCCUCCGCCCUCACUUGGCGCGGGACCGCUCCUGGCACCGACUGCGGUUCAGAGCGGUGCUGCUGAGGGACCAUGCUGCACUCUUCACCAUCGUUCAGCUGCUGGUGGGAGGGUUGGGCGCGCUCACAUACCGGGCGUUUGGGCCGCAGCUCAGGGACGCGCUGGGCUUCCAAGACCGCCCCCAAGAGUUCUUCUCCUUCACUGCGACCCUGCUUGCCCUUCUGGGGCUUGUGUACGGGGCUCUCGUGUCAGUGCUGUGCAGCGACUGGAUCACAGAGAGGCAUGCGCACGUGCUGCACAGACGGCAGCUCACCAAGGAGUUUGUGGUUGUGGAUCUGAGCAGGUGCGCCUGUCCCACUCCCCUGCUUCCUGACUUGGCACAUGAGCUCGCCUCCCUUGGACUCAUGUGACCCGUGAUGCAGCAGCAGCAGCAAGUACAGGUGACUAACUUAACUGAAAUGCCAUAUGCGGUUGGCGACUUAAUCAGAGCACCAGGCAUGCCCACUAGCUGCUCCAGCAAGCAUGCACUUGUACAGAAGAGGAAAAUUCGAACUUGGGGCAGGCUUGCUCCCUUGAUUAUUUUCCAACAGAGGAGCAGGAGGGGAGGGGAGGUCCUACACACACAAAGGGAUGGUGCUAACUCAGCUCAAAGAGUUGGCAGUAGUGAUGUGGCUGGCUGGCUCUCGCUCGCAGCACCAUUCUCUAUGCCAGGCAGUCAUGCUGGCAAUGGCAUUCCUGGGUCCGUCCGUCCUCGUCAUACUUGUGAUAUAUGAAGUUUUGCAUUCCUGCAAGUUCCGUUUUUGGUGUAGCUAGCAGUAUCGAGUUUCCCAGUAAGCAACCAUGCCCGAGUGAUGAUGUCAGCAAAGCAUCGCGGGUCUAGGGAAUGACGUCAGCAUACCGCUUCAGUUACCGAAUAGUAAUGAGUCGCUUCAGUCACGCGAACAGUCGCGACCCUAUAGUAUGACAAAUAGGUCGCAUAGCGCGCAACUAGCCGAACAGGUACUUCCCUAGAGCUAUAAAUCCUUGUAAUGCCUUUCUAUUAUUAAC